AUGACGCAAGCAGUAACAGAGGGAUUUAUCAAAGUGUUGGGAUACACGAAGUGUAAAAGGGAGGUAAUUACCCAUGGAAUAGUGUUGGUGAUUUCAUUUCUGGAAUAGUUAGAUUGUGGCUUCAUUUUCUAAUUUGUGACAUUAAUUGACCACCUCUACCAGGAUUGAAAUAAAUGUUUAUUUCAAAGCAGCUAUUUUGCCCUAACUUUGGUUCCAAUGUCCCACAGAUUGCUGUUUAGUGAAUAACCCCCAAAACUACCCUCCCUAGAUACUGUUGUCAUUGUAGUAUCCUAAAUCAAGGAGAAGACUGUCAGCCCAUGUUACCGCUACCGACAAACAGGAAACAGGCAUGUUACUGCUACCAAAAACAGGAAACAGGCAUGUUACCGCUACCGACAAACAGGAAACAGUCAUGUUACUGCUACCAAAAACAGGAAACAGGCAUGUUUCCGCUACCAACAAACAGUAAAACAGGCAUGUUACGGCUACCGACAACCAGGAAACAGGCAUGUUACCGUUACCGACAAACAGGAAACAGGCAUGUUACCGCUACCUACAAACAGUAAAACAGGCAUGUUACCGUUACCGACAAACAGGAAACAGGCAUGUUACCGCUACCGACAAACAGGAAACAGGCAUGUUACCGCUACCAAAAACAGGAAACAGGCAUGUUACGGCUACCGCCAAACAGGAAACAGGCAUGUUACGGCUACCGCCAAACAGGAAACAGGCAUGUUACCGUUACGACAACCAGGAAACAGGCAUGUUACCGCUACCGACAGCCAGGAAACAGGCAUGUUACCGCUACCGACAAACAGGAAACAGGCAUGUUACUGCUACCGACAAACAGGAAACAGGCAUGUUACCGCUACCAAAAACAGGAAACAGGCAUGUUACUGCUACCGACAACCAGGAAAUAGGCAUGUUACCACUACCGACAACCAGGAAACAGGCAUGUUACCGCUACCGACAAACAGGAAACAGGCAUGUUACUGUACGACAAACAGGAAACAGGCAUGUUAUACGACAAACAGGAAACAGGUUACACCAAAAACAGGAAACAGGCAUGUUACUGUUACUACCGACAACCACAGGCAUGUUAACCGAGGAAACAGGCAUGUUACCGCUACCAAAAAGUAA